UUUCCCACUGCCUCAUCAAUCAUCGUCACCAAACAAACAUUCAUUCAUUCCACGCUUCCAUUCUCUCUCUAAAUCGCAUUACCUUCUUCUAUCUCCUUAGUUCCCGGCGAGUUCGUGCAUCGGAGCCUCUAAAUCGCAUUAACAUCAUCGAAUCAAACCUUCCUUCUCUUUCUCAACUCCAGAAUCUCGUCCUCGUGAGAGAAAAAAAAAAAGUUAGUUAGGGUUACGCACAGUUAAUUAAUUAUUUAAUAAUAGAAAAAUGAGCUUUCAGGACAUCGAGGCCGGCCGGUCCUUCGCUGCCCGACGCAACCUCAUCAACGGCAAACAAGACCCCACGCAGGCGGUGGCUUCCGGCAUCUUUCAGAUCAACACCGCUGUCUCCACGUUCCAGAGACUCGUCAACACCCUAGGAACCCCCAAGGACACCCCCGAGCUCCGUGAUAAGCUGCACAAGACGAGACUGCACAUUGGACAAUUGGUGAAGGAUACUUCGGCUAAGCUUAAGCAAGCUAGUGAGAUUGAUCACAAUGUUGAAGUUAAUACAAGUAAGAAGAUAGCAGAUGCGAAGCUUGCAAAAGAUUUUCAGGCGGUGUUGAAAGAAUUUCAGAAGGCUCAGCGUCUUUCAGCUGAGAGGGAAACAGCUUACACUCCUUUUGUUCCACAAGGAGCUCUUCCAUCCAGCUAUACAGCCAGUGAAGUAGACAUUAGUUCUGAUAAGACUCCAGAACAGCGUGCCCUUCUUGUUGAAUCCAGAAGACAGGAAGUAUUAUUCUUAGAUAAUGAGAUUGCCUUCAAUGAGGCUAUCAUUGACGAAAGAGAUCAAGGUAUUCAAGAAAUUCAGUCGCAAAUUGGUGAAGUAAAUGAGAUUUUCAAAGAUCUUGCUGUGCUUGUCCAUGAGCAAGGAGCAAUGAUUGAUGAUAUUGGGUCCAAUAUUGAGCAUUCCCAUGCAGCAACUGUGCAAGCAAAAUCUCAACUUGCCAAAGCUUCAAAGACACAAAGAUCAAAUUCAUCUUUGACAUGCUUGCUUUUGGUGAUAUUUGGGAUCGUGCUUCUAAUCGUCAUCAUUGUUCUUGCUGCUUAGUCAAAAACUCUCGAUUCUAUUAUGAAUCAAAUGCUCUAUAUACUAAGCUGCAGAUAAGAUCUCCCUCGCUGAUGACUACAGAGUGGUGAUUUACCAGAUCUCACAUAUGACUGGAAUUUGUCUCAUCAGGUUUCAGUACAUGGCGUGGGAAUAUUAACAUUAGUGUCUCGUUAUUUCGUUGUGGGUAUAUGUUCUACUUGGGGCUUUAAGGAUGUAUCACAACCUGCCUGUUGUGUAAGUUAUCUUUUUGGUUCCUUAAUAAAAGAUAUAUAUUAAAUUGUUCUUUACCUGUAUAUGCAACUUCAAAAUUAGCAUGACCGACCCUUCUUUAUAA